AUGGAAGUGUCCGAAGUAAAUGACGUUGUCUGCGUUGAUGAGACAGUUCCCUCUCCUCCUGUUCAAGUGGAAGCCUCAACCAAUGAUCCUGCUGAAAUUGCCUGUGUUGAUAGUCAAGAAGAGGAUGAAUUAUUAACUUUAUACAAAGAAUAUUUCCUUAAAGAACCAAGUUAUUUUGUGGACCUUGAUAAUGAGAAAGAUUGCACUAAGCAAUCUUGCAUUAAUCUACAGUGCGAUACAGGGUCAGAUUUUGUGGAACCACCCCGAAUCGCCAGGUCUUAUUAUUGUGCUCCAGAAGGACGAAAUUUAGCCAUCUGUAAACCAUGUUUAAAAAAGGUUUUGGGGUUCUAUGAGGACUUGUUAGAUAAAUUGAGAAGAGGGAAGCCAGUCAGUGAUGCAAAAUUUCCUGCAGGCACAGAAGUUAUCAUAGUUGAUGAUGAUGAGGAAGAUUUGCUCCAGAAAGAGCUCAAAAAGAAAGAGAUUACUGGCCUCACAGAAAUAAAAGAAAUUGCUGAAGAAGUGAAAAAUGCACUGCCGUCUAUCUCUCGUCGAUAUAAUAUUGAAGGACAGAUGGACAAUAAUUUGAAUUGCUUGCAAUCGGAGAUAGAACAAUUAGAAGAUAAAUACAGGAAAAUUGAAGAUGAAAUAAAUACGACUUAUGAAAAUUUAUUUCAGUCAAUGAGACAGCUUUAUGAUACCUAUGCUCCAGAAAGAGAAGAAAUGGAGGAACUUGACUUACCUUAUGAAGAAUUCAAGGAACCACCAAUGAAACCUCUUCAGAUACGUUCUGAUGAAAAUGAUCUUAUCAUUACCGGGUUUCAUCCUGAAAGUGGUCCUCCGAAUCUUCCACCAUUUGGAGCAGUCGAGAAACCUAAGGUGAAGGCUUUUGAUAAAGUCUAUGUGAUGAAGGUGUCAGCAUUUUCUGAAUGGGUACCAGCAGUUGUUGAGGAGGUUAUACCGCCACCUCCUGAAAAUCCUAAGGCUGUUGAAUCUUACAAAGUGAUGAUAAAUGCUGGAAAACCUUCUGCUUAUCGGAAAGAUGUCAGUUUGCAGCUGAUAGCAUGCUACAACGCACCUCCUGUCAGAUUACCUGUCGGAUCACGUGUUAUUUCUCGAUAUGUUAACAGGUUGAAGAAUACAGUUAAAUUCUUCUCUGGUAUGAUUGCCGAGAUGCCAUCUCAUAUCAAUAAUUUUCGAUAUUUGAUAUUUUUUGAUGAUGGACAAGCCCAAUAUGGUGCCCAUGACUCCAUUCGACUGGUUUGUGAAUCGAAAGCAAACAUCUGGGACCAUUUCAAUCUUAAAGUACAGCAGUUCAUCAAGAGGUACUUGGUCACUUUCCCAGAGCGAGCUAUGUUAAAAGUGAAGAAUUUGGAUUGUAUCAAGACUGAACAUAAAGGUAUGUGGGUUAACGCUAGAGUGGUAGAAAUAGAUUGUUCUCUUGUCCAUUUGGUGUUUCUCCACGACAAACAUUCAGAGUGGCUGUACCGAGGGUCGACAAGACUGUAUCCAAUGUACAUCGGGCUCCACAGAAAAGGGGCCCGGACUAGAGGAGGUCCUUUUGCAAGGCGCAAAGGUCCUUACGUUCAAUAUGAUGUGGUUCUAUCUGAUGAUGAAGACAAUCAGAAUGAAAAUGCACGUCCUGUAAGAGCUGUAGCAAGGAAGAGCAGUACUCGCCUGCCGGACUUGUACGAUACUGAACGAAGGCUAUAUGACAGAAGGGCCACCUCUAGAUUCCCGCCACAGCAGGAUGACGGUGUAAUUGAGCAAAGAAUACCGUCUAAAUUAGUUAAGCCAAGACUAUUUCGUCCACAUAAGUGUGAUUCCAGUUGCACGGAUUGGUUAACGACAAAAGAAGAAGAUAUCAAACUUUUGAAUCCAUUAGUCAUUCCUGUCCUUUAUGCCUUUUCCAGAGAAACUGAAAUCCCAACGAAUGCCAUCAGUUAUAUCGCACCUUGCGGUAGGCGGUUGAGAAACAUUGUCGAAGUCAUGAAUUAUUUAACAGAGACCAAUUUGAAGCUGAGCUUGGAUUUGUUUGAUUUUGACCCUUGGGUGAACAUAUUUAAUGAAUAUGUUGUCUCUCCGGAUAUGGUUGUCAUGGAGGACCUAUCUUAUGGCCAGGAGAUUAUGCCGAUCGCUUGUGUCAAUACAAUUAACAGAAGUAUUCCCACCUAUAUGGAUUAUAUGACUAAACGGCGUGGUAGUGAAGGAGUGUAUUUGAAUUUGGAACCUGGGUUCUUAGUGAGUUGUGACUGUACCGAUAACUGCCAGGAUAAAACAAAAUGUGCAUGCUGGCAGUUGACUUACGCAGAGAGUCAAGUUUUCCCCCCUGCCGCUGCUAAGAAUCUUGACCAAGAUUCCAUCGGUUACCAAUAUAAGAGAUUACCAAAUAUAAUUAAUACAGCUAUCUACGAAUGUAACAGUAGGUGUAAAUGCUGUGUAAAAACAUGCUUGAACCGUGUUGUCCAACACCCACUGAAAUUGAAAUUACAAUUAUUCAUGACUAAAAACAAAGGCUGGGGUACGAGGUGUCUCAAUGACAUUCCAGCCGGUACCUUUGUCUGUGUUUAUGUUGGCAACAUAUAUACUGAAGCAGUUGCAAACGAGGAUGGAAAAAUGUACGGAGAUGAAUAUUUUGCUGAACUUGAUUACAUUGAAGUAGUUGAACAAAGUAAGGAGGGUUAUGAAGACUUUGUGGACCCAGAUGAAUAUUUGAACAAUGAAAAAGGUUCUGAGGUAGUACGCAAUAGUAACAAUGGGAAUGGGCGCCAUUCUGAGGAUGAGUUUGAACCAAAUGUUUGGAUUUCACCUUCUGAAUAUAAGAAGAGCACAGGAAUGAACUUACGGAAGCGAUCAGCAAGGAGUGUUAAUUCAGACUUCAGUGAUAGUGAAGAUGAGGACAAUUACGGAUUAGAUGAUUCUGAUGAUGAGCAGCAGGGUCCUGUCAAUGUGGAUGUAUCAGAUAAUGAUAGCGUCUCAUCAUUAAUGAAACCAAGUGUUAGGAAUUUUUAUGGCAAAGAUGAGUCUGUAUAUAUAAUGGAUGCAAAAGCAGCUGGUAACAUUGGAAGAUACUUAAAUCACUCCUGCGAUCCUAACAUUUUUGUCCAGAAUGUUUUUGUCGACACUCACGAUUUGCGCUUUCCUUGGGUUGCAUUCUUUGCCUUGAAGUACAUUCCUGCUGGGACGGAGCUCACUUGGGAUUAUAGAUAUGAAGUGGGAAGCGUACCAGGAAAAAAGAUGAAGUGUUAUUGUGGUUCUGAAUAUUGUCGAGGACGUCUUUUAUGA